UGUUCGUUCCGGGGGCUCGUUCCGCAAUGGGGACGGGGUCGUCGAGGGGCGCGGACGGCGGGUCGCACGGGGGCGAGGAGCGGGAGGACCAGCAGCUCUACGUCUCGCUCAAGAUGGAGAGGUACAAGCUCAAGGGCGAGCUCAUCCCCCACGUCUACGGCUCCGUCCCUCUCGUCGGCUCCUGGGAUUCUUCCAAAGCCCUGAAGAUGGAGCGUGAAUCGACUUCAACUUGGGAGCUGAGUUUCGUGGUUCCUCCCAAUCACGAGACCCUGGAUUUCAAGUUCCUUUUGAAGCCAAAAUACAGCAGUGCGCCUGUUAUAGUUGAAGAAGGUCCAAACCGGCUCCUCACCGGGGGUCAUUUACAAGGGGACACGAGGCUCGCGAUUUUCAGGCUUAGUGCUGAUGAGGUUCUUGAAUACCCUGUUUUCAUUAAAGCCGAUCGGGUAUCUCCAUUUGACCUUGCUGCCAGUUGGAGAGCCUAUCAGGAGAAUCUCCAGCCUUCAACUGUUCGUGGGAUCCCGGAUGUUAGUAUUAACUCAGUGCCUGAGAUGGGUAUCGAGAAUGGAUCUGCAGUUAGUUUGGAGCUUGAUCUUGAACAUUAUGUUAUCCCAGCUCCAUCAACUUCCACACACUCUGGUUUGGUUUAUGCUGCCAACAUGACAGAAACUCCAAGAUCUCUAACCCGUUCUGGUGUUUUUUCUAAUUCUGAUGGUUCAGUCAAUCCUUCACAUUCCAUCAAGGAUAGUGGUGUUUCUGUUGAUCGGCCUGCACCUAUAAAGGAGAUGGAGAUAGUUGUCCCAGAUCCAGCUAAGGUGUAUUCUGGUUCUGGCAUGGUUGAAUCAAAGUCCGGAACUUUUUCUCCUUUCCAAAAGCAGGAUAGUCAUCGGGGACUCUUUGUAGAUCGAGGAGUUGGAUCUCCCAGAUUAGUCAAAUCAGCAAGUUCAUCUACCUUCAGUUUUGAUCUUAAAUUGAAUCCAGAGACCAAGAAUCCAAUGCCGGCGGCUGCUGGAGCUGUGGCUGCUGCAGCCGUAGCUGAUCAGAUGCUUGGGCCAAAGGAAGAUAGACAUUUAGCAAUUGUCCUGGUUGGCUUGCCUGCUCGAGGUAAGACUUUUACUGCAGCAAAACUUACUCGAUAUCUUCGUUGGUUGGGCCAUGAUACCAAGCACUUCAAUGUUGGAAAGUAUCGGCGCCUCAAGCAUGGAGUUAAUCAAUCUGCAGAUUUCUUUCGAGGUGACAAUGAAGAAGGUGUAGAGGCACGCAAUGAGGUGGCAGCCUUGGCAAUGGAAGAUAUGAUAUCAUGGAUGCAGGAAGGAGGUCAGGUAGGGAUAUUUGAUGCAACAAACAGUACCAGGAGAAGGAGAAAUUUGCUGAUGAAAAUGGCUGAAGGCAACUGCAAGAUUAUUUUUCUGGAAACAAUAUGCAAUGACCAGAGCAUUAUUGAACGGAAUAUACGUCUUAAAAUUCAACAGAGUCCUGACUAUUCUGAAGAACCAGAUUAUGAAACCGGAUUACGUGACUUCAAAAAUCGAUUAGCCAAUUAUGAAAAAGUUUAUGAACCAGUGGAGGAGGGAUCUUAUAUCAAGAUGAUUGACAUGGUUGGUGGACAUGGUGGAAUAAUACAAGUGAACAAUAUCAGUGGCUAUCUGCCUGGACGGAUUGUUUUCUUCUUGGUCAAUACACAUCUCACGCCCCGCCCUAUCCUACUAACCAGGCAUGGGGAGAGUUUGGAUAAUGUGAGAGGCAGAAUAGGUGGUGAUACUGUCAUAAGUGACGCUGGGGAACUCUAUGCAAAGAAACUUGCUAACUUCGUCGAGAAGCGACUGAAGUCUGAAAGAGCAGCUUCUAUAUGGACAAGCACUUUGCAGAGAACUAUCCUGACUGCUAGUCCAAUUGUUGGGUUCCCCAAGAUACAGUGGCGUGCGCUAGACGAAAUAAAUGCUGGAGUAUGUGAUGGGAUGACAUAUGAAGACAUAAAGAAAAAUAUGCCUGAGGAAUAUGAGGCACGUAAGAAAGACAAGCUGAGAUAUAGAUAUCCCCGCGGAGAAUCUUAUCUGGAUGUCAUACAAAGGCUAGAACCGGUGAUCAUUGAGCUUGAAAGACAGAGAGGACCCGUUGUAGUCAUCUCUCAUCAGGCUGUGUUGAGGGCAUUAUAUGCUUAUUUUGCUGACAGGCCUCUGCAAGAAAUCCCACAUAUUGAGGUGCCGCUCCACACAAUUAUAGAGAUACAAAUGGGAGUCUCUGGGGUCCAGGAGAAGAGAUACAAGCUGAUGGACUAGUUAGGU